UAGCAGCAGUCACGGCCUGUCGCUAUCAUCUACUUGAAACGACUUGCGCUUCUCUAGUGUCCUCGUAUCUGUUGGUCGUGUUCCUGUGACCUUUCCGGCUUCUUCGCAUCACGUUGUACCAGUUGCAUUCAUCCGGAGCGUGGUGUUCGCCUAGCAAGUUCAGAUGCUUAGAGCUCUCAAGUUUCUUGUCACAACAUCCUCGAGCAGAUACGCUCCCCUCCUGGGGACCAAACGGCUCUCGAUAAACUCUCCCGUGUCGACCGCCUUCUAUUCAGUCACCCAGAACAAAAUGUCCAAGAUGGAGGUGGCAAAACGGGUCCAGGGAAUGCAAGACAGUGUGUGGGUGGAAUUCAUUCAGCUUGCUCAGGAAACGAAGCCCAUUAAUCUCGGUCAAGGGUUCCCCGACUUCCCUCCACCAGACUUUGUUGUUAAAGCCCUCCAGGAAGCUGCUGCAGGCAACUUGCUUCAUCAGUACACACGUGGAUAUGGUCACCUGCGACUGGUCAAUGCGUUGGCCAAGAUGUACUCACGGCUAACUGGUCGCCAGAUUGACCCUCAGAAGGAGGUGCUGGUCACAGUGGGUGCUUACGAGGCACUCUACACCACCAUAUUGGGUCUUGUCAACCCUGGAGAUGAGGUGAUCAUCAUCGAACCCUUCUUUGACUGCUAUGAGCCUAUGACUCUGAUGGCUGGUGGAGUUCCAGUCUUCAUUCCUCUUCGUCCUAGAAAGGAAGGUCAAAUUUCUAGUGCUGACUGGGUGCUUGAUCCAAAGGAGUUGGCCUCAAAGUUUACCUCCAAGACUAAGAUGAUCAUUGUCAACACGCCACACAACCCAAUUGGGAAGGUUUUCUCCCGGGAGGAACUGGAAAUGAUUGCAGAGCUUUGCAAGAAGCACAAUGUGAUCUGUGUUAUGGAUGAGGUUUAUGAAUGGAUAAUUUAUGAGGGUGCCAAGCAUAUCAGAAUGAACACCCUUCCAGGGAUGUGGGAAAGGACAAUUACCAUUGGUAGCGCUGGGAAGACCUUCAGCAUCACUGGUUGGAAGGUUGGUUGGGCCUACGGUCCUCAGCACUUGCUGAAAGGGCUGCAGCUCAUUCAUCAGAACUGCAUCUACACUCUCAGCACACUUCUCCAGGAAGCGAUAGCAGUGGGCUUAGAAAAGGAAAUGGAACGAAUAGAGGACCCUGAGGGAUACUGGAACAGCCUGUCAAGCUCCCUGCAAAAGAAACGAGACUUCAUCUGCAGCUUUCUCAACUCUGUUGGCAUGACGCCCACUGUGCCUGAGGGAGGUUAUUUUCUUGUCUGUGACUUUGCCAAGCUGGCAUCAAAACUGAAGUUGGAGGGCAAUGAGCCAAAAGAUUACCUUUUUGCAAAGUGGUUGUCUAGGACAAAGAAGCUGCAGGGCAUUCCUCCCAGUGCCUUCUAUGGUGCAGACAACAAGCAGCUUGCCCAAAAUUUGAUACGGUUCUGUUUUAUCAAGGAUGACUCAACUCUUCAGAAGGCUGCAGACAUAUUGGCAGCUUUAAAGGCGAUGUCCUGAGUGUUCAUCAUUUGAGGACUAGGCCAUGAGUAGUAGCUCAGCAUUUGGUGGAUGUUUUUACUGUUAUUCACCAUAUGCAGUCAACUUUCAUUAAUUUGGUCUUGGUGAAAUAUAUGUACAAAUUGGUUCAAAUUAUCUGAGGUUCGAAACAGAAGUUGGCUGUACCACAGUGUUUCAGAUAAUAAAUAUUGAUAUUUUCAUAUUGUGA